AUGGAUCACACGCGCGAUCCCUGUCCCUGGGUUGCCCUGAGCGACUUCGGUGGUGCCUUCGCCAUGGGUGCUAUUGGCGGUGCUGUCUGGCACGGUGUUAAGGGAUUCCGCAACAGUCCAUACGGCGAGCGCCGGAUAGGUGCGCUCACAGCAAUCAAAGCGCGCGCUCCCGUCCUCGGUGGCAACUUCGGCUGCUGGGGAGGUCUCUUCAGUAUUUACGACUGUUCAAUUAAGGGUCUUCGCAAGAAGGAAGAUCCCUAUAAUGCUAUCAUUGCUGGUUUCUUUACCGGUGGCUCCCUUGCUAUCCGUGGUGGUUAUAAGGCCGCCCGAAACUCCGCUAUUAUGUGUGCCGUCUUCCUCGCUGUCAUCGAGGGUGUCGGUAUUGGAUUCCAGCGCAUGAUGGCCGAUAACACAAAGCUCGAGCUUCCUCCCCUUCCUCCGUCGGAACAGAAGGCCCUCGCUUGA